GGAAGGAAUCCUGUGAUUUGUUUAGUCCGAGUUUGCCUGCACCCAGCAGUAGCCUGUCUAUGACUUAUGUCUACAAGGUAACAAUUGACAAUAGGUAACAUCUGGACAAAAUGGCUUCUGUCAACAGUCUUCCAUCAGAAGUGCUCUGUAUUGUGUUUGAGUAUCUCAGUGUAGAUGAUUUGGUGCAUACUAUUCCAAGCAUAUGCCAGAAAUGGAAGAAUGCAUCACAGGACAUUCUGUUGUGGAAGAAUAAGACAUACAGACCAACCAAGGAUAAAACUGUUGAGGAUGUAGUUUCCUAUUUGAAGAAACUUCCGAGACUUUACCUUUUAGACCUCAAAUCUAUGACAGAUGAAAAUUAUGUGUUGGUUGAUAAAAUUCUCAUUUUAAUUUGCCAGAUGUUCCCAGAAGUCGAAAGUGUGUUACUUGGGGACGGCGCACUCUACUCAGUAGAACAAAUGAUUAGUUUACUUCAUGUAUCGAGCAGUCUUAACUCUCUUAGCUUAAAUGUUUCUGAAAAUAAUCACGAUCUAAUGCGUGCUUUGUGGAGUGCCCCAAAAUUGAAACACUUGUCGUUGACCAAUCACCCGAUUCUUGAUGAUAUUUCUGCAGAAUACAUUUGCAAUAUUGUCAGAUGUUGUCAUUCUUUGGAAGCACUUAAACUUACAGUAUGUGUUAAUGACAUGAAUAAAAUUACCCGCAUUCUGGAAGUUGCAAAACAUGUCCUUAAGUAUUUGGAGUUUAAAGCAGUGUUUGGUUUUCAACAAGCAUUGCUGUCUGACAGUUUUGUUCAGUGUUACAAACUGAAAACUUUGAAGUUUUCAACUAAGGAAGGACAAUGUGAAUUGCUUAAUUUAGCAAAUUUUGGGAAAAUGCCUAGUAUCUUAGAAUUGGCACUGAUAAAUUUUCCACUGGUGCCAAGUUCUCUGACACUGUUAUUUGUUCAAAAUUCAUGGCCACAACUAGAAGUUCUCUGCGUAAGUGGUGUGAAGACAUUAGAAACUGAAUUUCUACAUCAGGUAUUUGAAAGGUGUCCAAAUCUUCAGUCAUUAGAUGUGAGUCGUAGUAACAUUUCAGACACUGGAAUCAGCAGUUUAAAUGUACAUUGUCCCAAACUACAACAUUUAUGUGUAUCUUAUACAAGUUUGACAGAUCUUUCUCUUACAGAUUUUUGGAGAUGCCCGUUGGUAGAUACAUUAAUUUUACGUGCAUGUUGUAAAUUGACAUCUAAUGUUGUUCAUCACAUUGUUAAGUGUGUACAUUUAAAGUUAAUUGAUGCAAGUAAUAAUACAUGGUUGACUGACAGAGAUGUUGUAAAACUGUUGAGUUGCUCCAAACUGGAAACACUUCGAAUAGGUUCUUGUGAAAGUAUUAGUGGAAUUUUCUUUCAGAAUGUUAAAUGUUUCUCUCCAACUCUUCGUGAAAUUGAACUCAGUCAGUUUGUUCAUGAAGAUUAUUAUAAGAUUACAUGUCAGAAAUUGCAUUCACUAAGAGUUACCACUGUCGAUAAGUAUAGUGAAUAUAGACUUUCAAAUGAUGUGUUUGCUUAUCCUUGAUAACAUAAUAUUUGUAUCUUAAACUGUAUAGAGAAAGUUUAAAAUAAAAUAUUUUUACAAGUGUAA